AUGGAGGGUUACAGCCCAGAAAAGCUUGAAGACCUAAAAGUUCUUCGAUCGCCUUGCUUUGUGCAGCGUGCAAAUCUCUUAAGAUACGGUGGAUGCACUGAACCUCAAAUCUUUAAGCUCCAUUUCUUUAUUCCCUUUGAAGCUAGUAAAUUGCUUGAUGCUCUCUGUAAUAAGAUUGUGGUUAAAACACAUAACGGCAAAAACCUGCUUAAACCCUUCCAAAACGCCGUCCGUGCCGGAAGCCCAACUCCGACGUCGUCUCCGGUGAAGCUCCGGAUGUCUGCUGCUGUGCGCCGUGUGCACACAGCUCUGAAGGCAGAAGGGUAUCUGUUGAAGGGAUUCUCUACUAGGUUUUGCCCUUAUUUACUUGUAGAUAUCUUGAAAUUGUUUGACGACCGGCAAGCUGCAUUUGCAUUUUUUAAGUUGGUUUUUGCGGAUUCUUCAGAGGUUAUGGUCCAGUCUUGUUGUCUUUCUGCGCAUUUGUUGUUGUCUGAGAGCUUCAGGUUGACGGCGCAGGACUUGCUCUAUUGGGUUGUUAGUAGGGUGGGGGAUCGUAGGAGUGAUGAGGUUGUAGAGUAUAUGUGGAGACAGAAAUAUAAGCAGGGAUCAGAGUUUUUUGUUCUGGAUGCGCUGAUGCGGGCGUUUGUGAAUGCAGACAUGAGGUCUCCGGCAUUGAAGGUUUUAGAUAAGAUUAGGGAGUUAGGAUUACUGCCAAGCUUGUCAGCAAUGUGCAUUUUGUUUAGAAAACAGUAUGUUAAUGUCGGUAAGAGCUUGUUGUGUGUGAUGAGCAAAUAUGGUUGUGAACCAGACGUUGUUGGGUACAACAUAUUGAUAAAUGCUUACUGUUUUAGAGGCAAGCUUUCAGAAGCUAGGAAGAUCUUUAAAGAAAUACUGGAGAUGGGUAUUUCACCAUGUACCAAUAUGUAUAAUACUUUACUGGAUGGCUACGCAAAAGCAAGAGAAAUUGGUGAGGCUAAUAUGUUGUAUGAAGAAAUGGGGAAAAUCGGUGUUGCUCCUGAUUGUAUAACUUUGAAUAUUUUGGUUGCCGGAAACUACAAGUUUGGAAGGGUGGAGGAUGGUGAUAGAUUCUUGAGGGAAUUAUCAAGUACAGAUCUUAUUCCUGAUAGUUCAGUCUCUGACAUGUACAUUUCAAGAUUGUGCUGGGCAGGAAGAUUGGAUGAGGCUUUCAACUUACUGAAUAGGAUGCUUGAGAAGGGCAUAAAUCCUAAUUUAGUUGCUUUCAAUUCCGUCAUUGCUGCUUAUGGGAGAGAAGGAUUGUAUGAGAGAACUUUUGAACUCUAUGAGACGAUGUAUAGAUUUAGUCUCGUUCCUCCUGCUUCCGCUCUUACCUCUCUGCUAUUAGGCCUGUCUCACGUGGGCAGGCUUCAAGAUAUGAAAGACCUCGUCGAUAAGACAUUGAAGCGAGCCUGGCCAGUGAACAAAGUAGCUUUCACACAAGGAAGAAUGAAAUCAGCCAUUGAUGCAUAUAUGGCAAUGCCAAGGUAUGAGAUAGUCCCUGAUAUUGUUACUUACAAUACUCUCAUCAGUGGACAUUUUAAGGUCUUUGACAUGAUUAGCGUAGAUAAUAUUGUGAAUAAAAUGAAUGCCAGUGGAUGGGAGCCCGAUAUAACUACGUACAACAUAUGCAUGCAUGGUUUCUGUAGCAGCAGGAGACUUAAUCACGCUGUUCUGAUAUUGAAUGAGAUUGUUUCAGUGGGAAUAGCUCCCAAUACAGUGACAUACAACACUCUGAUGAAUGGUAUUUGUAAUGACAUCCUGGACCGUGCUCUGAUUUUGACUGGGAAAUUGCUUAAGAUGGGUUUUGUACCCAAUAUUGUUACCAUCAACUUAUUGUUGUCGCAUCUACGGAAAAAAGGAUCGCCUCAAAGGACCUGUAUGUGGUAUCAGAAAUUGAGUGAGAUUCAAUAUGAGUUUGAUGAAAUAUCCUAUAAAAUUUGGGAGAGAGCAUGUGAUGACAUAAACAGGAAUUCUAAACCCCAAAGGAGAAUAACUGGAAAGACCCUCUUUCUAGAUUUUCUCAUGUAUUUUACCUAUGACUACAUAAGUAGAAUUAAGCUCUGCAGCCAGAAACGUGAUCAGUCCUCCAAAUUAGUCUGGAAGAGCUCCAUGGAUAGUGUAAGGCAGUAG